UUCAAUGAAUGUGUAGAGAUUUGUGGACCAUUCCUUGAUGAGGGCCAAAUAAGAUGCAUUGUUGAUGAGAUUAAAUAGGUAAUCAUUGCUAGUUCAACUAGAAAAUAAGAAAGAGCAGAGAGGGCCAAAGCAGAGGACUUUGAUGCAGAAGAAGACGAAAUGCUUAAGGAGGAAAAUGAGCAAGAAGAAGAAGUUUUUGGUCAAGUUGGUGAAUUGUUGGGAACUUUGAUCAAAACAUUCAAAGCAUCAUUCUUGCCAUUGUUCCAGGAGCUUUCAUCUUACAUAACCCCUAUGUGGGGUAAGGAUAAAACAAUAGAAGAAAGGAGAAUUGCCAUCUGUAUAUUUGAUGAUAUUGCAGAGCACUGUCGUGAUGCAGCUCUUAAGUAUUAUGACACUUAUCUUCCUUUCCUUUUGGAGGCAUGCAAUGAUGAAAGCCCUGAUGUUCGACAGGUUUGUCAUUUUAUUAUUGAUAGUUGUCUUGUGCUUCAGGCAGUCUAG